CCCCCCCACCCCAACUCUGCCUUCUCUCCCCCUUCUCUCCCCCCCUCUCUCCCUGCCGCAGCCGUCGCGCCCCCUCUCCGAUGUCCCAGGUCGGCAGCCACCGGCCGAGCCGCCCGGAGCCCCGCCGAGCCGAGCCGGCCCCACCGACAGAGGCGGGUGAGACCUCGCGCCCCUCGCCGAGGCAGACGCCAGCGGCACCGUCGGCAGAGCCCCAGCCACCCGCCCGCCCCGCUGCCUGCCCCGCGGUGCAGAAGAAGGAGAAACCCCUGGAAGAUGAUGAACCCCGAAAAGUCCUGACGAAGGGCCCCCGGGCCGAGCUCGCAGGCGCUCCCGAAGCUGUGACAUGCCAGCCCCAGGUGCGAGCAGCCCCGCAGCCCCCCGGUCCCUGCACCCACCUGCUGCAAAACGGUGCUGGGCGGGGGCCGGACCCCGGCGGCGCCAACGGGGAGGGGGGGAACGGGGUCUUCCGCCCCCUCCCCAGCACCCAGAAGCCUCACCGAAAGCUGCAGUCACACCACUCCAUCAACAGCCAGAGCAGCAAGAAGAGCAAGGGCAGCUCCAAAUCGGCCUCUUCCCACAUCCCUAUUGAGGCACAAGAAGACUGCUGCGUCCACUGCAUCCUCUCCUGCCUCUUCUGCGAGUUCCUGACCCUCUGCAACAUCGUGCUGGACUGUGCCACCUGCGGCUCCUGCACCUCCGAGGACUCCUGCAUCUGCUGCUGCUGCUGCAACUCGGGCGAGUGCGCGGACUGCGACCUGCCCUGCGACAUGGACUGCGGCAUCAUCGACGCUUGCUGCGAGUCGGCCGACUGCCUGGAGAUCUGCAUGGAGUGCUGCGGGCUCUGCUUCUCCUCCUGAGGGGCUGCACUCGGUGCGUGGGGGGACACCAGGAGUGGGGCCCCCCCCUCCCCCUCACCCCCCGAGCUCUCCCGCAGUGGCUGAGGGUCCAGCUACUCCCUGAGCCGGUGUGAAACACCAAAAGACAGAGCCUGGCGGAGGAGGAGAAUGAUACCCCCCCCAUUGCAAACCUCAUCCUUGGAGCUGGUGAGCCAGGCUCGGAUCCUGCCUGGGGAAGGGUGAAUCCGUAGGGCCGCGGGGACCCCGGGGACGGCCGGCAUCCCACCUCGCUCUACCUCUUCCCCGCACCGGGCCGGUUCCCCAAGGAUCGCGGGAGCCUCCUGCCACCUGAGCCGAGAGCAGGAGCACCCUCCCCGUGCACCGCAGAGCCCACGGGUGCCACCCCGGGGUCCCUGGGCUGGGGACAGCCGCUGCCACCGCCCGGGGCUGCCCCAGGACAGUGCUCUGGUUUACACAGGAGUGGCACAGAGCAUCUUUCCCCCCCCCCCCCCCCCAGGACACCUCCAAGGCUGGGCGCGGUACAGAGCCUUGCUCCCCGCUGGGAGCCCACCAGAUGAUGCCAAAGCUUUUAGCCAGGCUGCGGGCUCCUGUGCUGUGGGACACAUCCUGCCAGCCCCCACCCCUCCUCGGUGCUGAGGUGGGCAGCCAAGUGCAAUACACAGUCUGCUCCCCUCCCUGUUUCAACAGCCAGGAAGAAGCUUUUCCUUCUCCCGUCCCUGCAGCGGGGUUGCAGCCGGGGGCCAGGGAAGCUGGGGAGAGCCCAGAGCUGUACUGAGCUGCUACCGCCCCUCCCGUGUCCCCGGGGGCGGUGGGGCGGGUGACUUGGUUGGUGCCAAAUGACCCCCAGCAGUUGUUGGCCCCUGUCCCUCCAGCCCGGGGACAGGGCUGGUGGCUGGGUGGCGGCGGAAAACGCCCCGGUGAAGGGUUGGGGAGAUGAGGAGGGAAGUGUCACAGUAUUUUUUUUUUUUGUCCCUUUUGUUUGUUACUGUAAAUAAAGGUCUUCCUUCAUUUCUGUCCAA